CGCGAGACAACGGUUUCUUCCUUCCUAUCCGAGAGUUCCAUACCUCAACGACCCAAGCAUCAUAAAGUCAAGAUGUUUUCCUCGAAUAAAAGGCAGAAUCUUAGAAUGAGGUGGAUCAUAUUGGUGAUGCUAUGCUGUAAAAAGGAUGCCAAUGCGGCGUAGUUGAGCGACUAACCACCAACAACUUUUGCGGCAACGAAGAACACUUCAACGAAAUUUACGAUUCUAACAUUAUUAUUCCUUUAGACUAACGAGGGAGCAGCUAUAUUGCAGGAGUGAGCGUUCGCAAUUCCAUCAUGGCAUCGGAUGAAGCAGAUAAACGAAUAGGGACUCAUGUUCCAUUCUCUAAAGCUAUAAAAACGGAGAAACUCGACUCACAUACAUAUAGAGUCAAUCUAAAUGAAGCGUUCUGCAUUGGUUCGGUCCCCAAUGGUGGCUGUGUAGGCUCGUGUAUGCUCGCUACGGCUAGUGCGUAUCUCUCAUCUCGCAACCAGCCCGACACACUAACUGCGCACUUCGAAUAUCCUGGCAGGACUGCUGUCGGACCUGCUAUCGUCGUGGUUGAUGACGUGAAACCGGGUCGGCAACUAUCUAUAAUUCAUCUCACUCUUUGGCAAGGUGGACUUCUAGCAGAAGCGCCGUGGGUCGAUCGCGCGGUAUCGCGACGUGCCGUACUUGCCUACGCAACGCAUACAAACCUGCAAACAUUCACUGGCAUGACAUGGCCAACGGGCUGGAAAGUCACUGCUGAAGCUACGCUACCACCCACGCCGGAUUUUAAGGUGCUUAAAACCGAAGGCGUGGAUCAGACAUGGGAAGAGUAUACACUACCAAAAUCUUCCGCAUCCUUGUGGCGCUCACUCUGCAAUUGGCGUUUUUAUCUGCCCCGCAAAGGACCCUUAACACCGGGUGUGCUAGACAUGUGGUUAUGUACGGCUAGCGGUGAGCGGAUCACGCAAAAAGCCCUACCGUAUGUAGUGGACUCGUUCCCGUUCAAUAUGCAUAGGUUCCUUGUCGCGCCAGAGCUGCUCGCUCUCCUUGAAGCUCCUCCAGCUCAGGGCUCUGAUGGAGACGCCAGGGCGAAGGAAGUCCGGGAGAAAGACCAACAGCGCGCCAGUUUAUGGUACCCGACUGUAGUAAUGAACAUAGAGGCCAAAGCGGCGCUACCGGAAGAGGGUGUUGAAUGGUUAAAUGUAAGGAUAACGUCAAAGCAGAUUAUGGACGGGAGAUUUGAUCUCGAUAUAUUGGUAAGGGAUACGGAAGGCGAGUUGGUAUCACUAAGUCAUCACGUCGCGUUGGUUCUGAGUAUUGAAAGAAACACAAAGAGGGCCCCGCCAGCCCUGUGAACACGCAAUGCCGUAGGGGACUUCGUGUGACUUAUAGCAGCCUACCUAAAGUAGUUGACGAAGCACUAAAUACAAGCCCUAAUUAGCU